AUGCAGGAGGACUUCUACCACCCGACUGACUUGAUGGCACUCCUCGUACCCCCACUAGUACCAGUGGUGUACCUCAUCCUUUUGAUCACCGGGAUUGCGUGCAACGCGUACGCUCGGCUGGCACAGACCUUAGGGUACUGGGAACCCACGGAGACGUCUGCAGGUGCAGGGCGGGGCGACGGGGCUGAGAGCGAUGCUGGGUUGAAGUGGGAAUGA